AUGUACUACCAUCGAACUCAUCUCAGAGAUUCGCCAAGUUAUACUCAGAGCAACGAGAGCUAUGGUAGUUCCUCCACCUCCACAACAUCUACCCUUUACGAUGGACACUUCAUGAGUGUUGGUACGAUAAGCUGUAGAACACCAGUGCCCCAACACGCACGUUCACCGAGACUCAAGACGACUGUUGUAGAACCCUCCCCAACGAAGCAGACUCUGAGACGCAAUAAAUCUCAAUCGAUUGUGUACUAUCUAUGGGAUUCGAGCGGUGAAGAGGAUGAUAGUUGGGACUAUCAGUCCAACUCCACUUCCAUGGGUGAAAGUGCUAACUCCUGCGACAACUCAGUGCCCAAUAUUGUAUCGGAUAGAUCAAAGAAAAUCGACAAGCUUCUCCACGAGUUGGGCAAACCUGGAGCUAUUCGACUUUACUGA